AUGAAGAAGAAAUUAGAAGCUGUUGAUGUUGUCGGCGAAGAGAGGUUUGAGAUUCUUGCAUUCUCGUGUAACCAAUUUGGUAACCAAGAGCCUGAUUCGAAUGAAGAGAUUGUUGCGUUUGCUUGUACCCGUUUCAAGGCGGAGUACCCGAUCUUUGACAAGGUACUUAAGGAAGAAAGCAAUGCUAGCCGUAUUCCUCAGUUGGUCCCUGAUCAAAUUUUCAAGUUAAAGAAGCUAACUGUGCUUACCCUUGCUGAAUCAAACAAGGUAUUGCCCUAUGAUACACUGAUGGUUGAGUUAGAUGUCACCAAUUUUCGUGAACUCGAGGACUUUCUUAUCAAUGAAUGCAUGUAUACGGAUUGUAAUAUACGUUUAAAAUUUUAUGAAACUAAAUAA